UUCCGUCUCACCUUUCCCAACUCCCAGUGCCUGAGCCAUUCUUUGACUGCCGUCUUCCUUGCAUCGAACACUCCCAUCAGUUGACAUAUAGCCCCCAGCAUCCCAUCUCCUGUCCUGUGGCUCGACAUCUCUCACUCUCUUUCGUCGUCGGUCCUGUCACUCACUCAACUCAGUCCUCAAACGUACAGCCCGUCAAAGAGCAUCCAUCGCCCCCGACUCACAUAGCCAGACACCCCCCCCCCCCAAAGACAAGCUACCGUAACCAUGCGCUCCUCCAUCAUUUAUCUCGCCUUGGCCGGCCUCACCAGCUUCGCGCAGGCCAACCCCUUGAACAAACCGCCUCCCCAGACCGACCCGCGGGGGCUCAUCACCCGGGGCCUCUCCAACGUCUUCUCCCCGACAAAGAGGCAGGCCGCGGCGCCGCCCUCCAUCCCCCAGGCCGGCGGCGGAGACGUCAACAACGCCAGCCGCAACGUGGCGCUCACCGUCAUAGCUGGCGACACGCUCGGCCAGAUCGCGAAGCUCCUCAACUCGGGCAUCUGCGACAUCGCCAAGCUCAACAACGUCGCGAACCCGGACUUCAUCGAGGUCGGCCAGGUGCUCCAGGUGCCCAUCAACGUCGCGGCGCCGGACAACGACUCGUGCCUCAACCGCGGCGGUGCCAUCCCGCCGCCCGCGGGCGGCAAUGCCACCGCGCCGGCUGCUCCGGCUGCUCCGGCGCCCGGCGGAGGCGAAGGUGGUAAGAAGGACAAGAAGGACAAGAAGGACUAGAAGGAAAACAAGGGGAGGAGGAGCGUGAACCUCGUGUCGAGCAAGGCGCGCCGUGGGGUGUAAGGCCCCGACGUUACAAGGAAGAUGACGACGACGGCGGCGCCUCCUCGUGAAAGUUGACAGGAAGACGGAAGCUUAAUCUCCGCCGGCAGUACCAUGACCGAGUGACGGCUCGAUAACUCAUGUGGGAUCCGAUGUUUGGACCCCUUCGCGAGACUUGGCAGCGGUGUCUAUUCUUUGAAAUUUUGAGUUUGGGAGAUUUGACGAGUUCGGAUAUUUGGUCACCUCGGCGGUUUUCUGUUUUACCAUUGUUAAUAUAUACCUGGCUGGAACAGUUUCGUUGUUCAAUAUAUCGAGGUUCAAUUCUCUUAUAAACACUGGUCCCUCGGUGAACUACUCACACACAGAGAGCCCGUUAGCUGCUGGCGUUACGAACCAUUGCAUAGCAAGCUUGGCGAUACGCCAAUUGAGAACAAACUCUGGCAAAAGUGAUACCAAGUUGUGGCCUUGUAG